AUGGUUUCCAAAAAUCAGUUGUCUCAUAUUUCACUGGCAUUGCUUUUAUGCUUGGGAUUCUUGGCUUUUCAGGUCACAUCUCGCACUCUCCAAGAUGCCACCAUGUACGAGAGGCAUGAGCAAUGGAUGGCUCGCUAUGGCAAAGUCUAUAAUGACCUCCAAGAAAGGGAAAAGCGUUUCACGAUAUUUCAGGAAAACGUCAAUUACAUUGAUACUUUCAACAAGGCUGGCAAUAAACCUUACGAGCUUGGCAUUAAUCAAUUUGCAGACCUCACAAAUGAGGAGUUCAUAGCACCCAAAAAUAGAUUCAAGGGACAUAUGUGCUCCUCAAUCACAAGGACAACCACUUUUAAGUACCAAAAUGUGACUGCACUACCAUCCACAGUGGAUUGGAGACAGAAAGGAGCAGUGACACCCAUCAAGGACCAAGGCCAAUGUGGAUGUUGUUGGGCAUUUUCUGCUGUUGCAGCAACGGAAGGUAUCAAUAUGCUGAGUAAUGGAAAAUUGAUAUCUUUAUCAGAACAAGAACUUGUUGAUUGUGACACAAAGGGUGUUGACCAAGGUUGUGAGGGUGGUCUUAUGGAUGAUGCUUUUAAAUUCAUCAUGCAAAAUCAUGGACUUAACACUGAAGCUAACUACCCUUAUCAGGGUGUGGAUGGAACAUGCAAUGCAAAUGAAGUAGCCAAGCAUGCUGCUACCAUUACUGGGUAUGAGGAUGUCCCUGCCAAUAAUGAACAGGCUCUCCAAAAAGCAGUGGCUAAUCAACCAAUUUCAGUUGCCAUAGAUGCCAGUGGCUCUGACUUUCAAUUUUACAAAAGUGGUGUGUUCACUGGUUCAUGUGGAACUGAGUUGGAUCAUGGUGUCACUGCUGUGGGUUAUGGUGUUAGUGGUGAUGGGACUGAGUAUUGGUUGGUUAAGAACUCAUGGGGAACACAAUGGGGUGAAGAAGGGUACAUUAGGAUGCAAAGGGGUGUGGAUGCUGCUGAAGGACUCUGUGGCAUAGCAAUGCAAGCAUCUUACCCAACUGCAUAA